CGGGUCCCUCCAUCGCCUCCUUCCCUGCCCGGCAGAACUUUCCUGAGCCCCGCGCGCCGCAGCUGCCGCAGGGGAGCAGGCGCCCGCCCGCCCGCCCGCAGCCCGGAGUCCUCGCCGCCCCCGGCGCUCGGUGGGGUCCGGUGCUCCGCCGCCCCUGCGCUCGGUCCGAGGGCAUGCGGCGGGCUGGGGCGCGGGCGAGCGUGAGCGGUGAGAGGGGAUGUUCAGCUCUUCUCCACGAUGAAUGAGUGUCACUAUGAUAAACGGAUGGACUUUUUUUAUAACAGGAGCAACCCCGAAACUACUGAUGAGUGGAUGGGAACAAAGCUUAUAAUUGUUUUGUGUGUUGGAACAUUUUUCUGCCUGUUCAUUUUUUUUUCUAAUUCUCUGGUCAUUGCCGCAGUGAUCAAAAACAGGAAGUUUCAUUUUCCCUUCUAUUACCUAUUGGCAAAUUUAGCUGCUGCAGAUUUCUUUGCUGGAAUUGCCUAUGUAUUCUUGAUGUUUAACACUGGCCCAGUUUCAAAAACUUUGACUGUCAACCGCUGGUUUCUUCGCCAGGGGCUUCUGGACACUAGCUUGACUGCCUCUCUGACCAAUUUGCUGGUUAUUGCGGUGGAGAGGCACAUGUCGAUCAUGAGGAUGCGGAUCCACAGCAACUUGACCAAAAAGAGGGUGAUCCUGCUCAUCCUGCUGGUGUGGGCCAUUGCCAUCUUCAUGGGGGCAGUCCCCACAUUGGGCUGGAAUUGCCUCUGCAACCUCUCUACCUGUUCUUCCCUGGCCCCCAUUUAUAGCAGGAGUUACCUCAUUUUUUGGACUGUGUCCAACCUCAUGGCCUUCUUCAUCAUGGUGGUGGUAUACCUGCGGAUCUACAUGUAUGUCAAGAGGAAAACCAAUGUCUUGUCUUCACAUACCAGUGGGUCCAUCAGCCGCCGGAGGGCUCCCAUGAAGCUAAUGAAGACAGUAAUGACUGUCUUAGGCGCGUUCGUGGUGUGCUGGACGCCGGGGCUGGUGGUGCUGCUCCUGGACGGCUUGAACUGCACGCAGUGCGGCGUGCAGCACGUGAAGCGCUGGUUCCUGCUGCUGGCGCUGCUCAACUCCGUCAUGAACCCCAUCAUCUACUCGUACAAGGACGAGGACAUGUACAGCACCAUGAAGAAGAUGAUCUGCUUCUGGCAAGAGAGCAGCCCCGAGAGGCGGCCCUCGCGCAUCCCCUCCACGGUGGUCAGCAGGAGCGACACGGGCAGCCAGUACAUGGAAGAUAGUAUUAGCCAGGGCACCGUCUGCAACAAAAGCAGCUCCUGAGCUUCGGACGCCUCCGCUCCGCCCCGCGCCCCAGGCCUCCCUGGGAAGCUGUGCACAAUCCGACCUGUCUCUGUGAAGCCCGUGGCAGUGUUACUUCGAGGCCUAUUUUAAUCACCGCUAGACGUAAAACAGUGUUUUCUUCUUUGAUGUCAGAGUUGAAAAACGUGGGCGGUACGGAGAAGACACGGUGCACUUCCGGAACACGCACCCAGCCCUGCAGCCGGGCUUGUCACCUGCUCAGCCUGCCUGCGGUGGUCGGCCCGGCCGGGUGUUCUGAGCUCUGCCGCCCCUCCGUGGCCAUUCUCUUUGUGUUUUGAAAGAUGCCGUUAAGGGGCUUAGGCCGCCAUAAAUAAUAAAUAAUGUUACUUGAGCCACCUAAUGUAGCUGCUAAGGAAAAAACAACUAUGUAGUUCUUUCUGCAUGCAUUUAAGACUUUCAGAAGUGCUUCAGCAGUGGUAACGCUUUGCGCUCAAAGGAGCUGUGGCCAGUAGUAGGUGUGAGUAGAAAUCUAAGGAUAAUGCCUCAGUAAACUUGAUUUUUUUUUUUAAC